CAGUUCGUUUCGGUUUUGCGAGUCGUGCCGGUUGUUGUCCGUGUGUGUGUGAUGUCGGCUCCGCCGCCGGCGACUGAUGUCUAGAAAGAAAAAGAAACUUUUGACUGCGAACUUAUCGGCGUGCCUACAAUAAUCAGUAUAUUAUUAUUACAGUGUUGUCCGGUGUAAUUCGUUUGGAUUCACGGACGGACGGUGUCCCGCGGGAAUAGUUCGCCGUUUGAUGGUAAGUCGUAUACUUCGGUAGACCAACGUGAUAAUGGGCAUGUGCACCCAAGGCAUACGAUAGGUACCGGGAAAUGUAUCGCGUUCGUCGAGUGUGUAUUGUCGAUGUGUACACGCGCGUGCCGAUACCAAGUCGAAUGCCGAAAUCCCGUCGACGAACGACAUCGGAACGCCGUAGCACACUUCCGUCGUCGAUAUAAACUUUGCUACCCUAAUUAUUGUCAACAUUGACACCCGUCACCCUACUCGUCGAUUGUCGGUAACGCAAAGUCGCACACUUUUGGCACCGUCCCAAUACCCGAUCGAAGUCUAGACUACUGAUCGUUUUAUCUUAUUACUAUUGUUAAUUGUGUCUUUACACAAAAUGUCAAAUGACAUUCGUUUUAUCCGUACAAUACCGCAUUCAAGCAUCUCACAACCGGCAAUGCUUGGGCCCCAUCCUUUUGUUUGAUUUAUUUAAUGGAAAUUAUUUUUUUUUUACAGAUAUAGAAAUGGUACCUGUCUAGUCUUGCUUUUUUAAUUAAUAAUAAUAUUAAUAAGAUCGGUAUAAUAAGUUAAUGUUUUAUAUUGAUAUUUGGUUUUUAAGUCUGUACAACAGUCUUUCUUAAACAUUAAAAACAUUAAAUAUACUUACCUAUAACCGAGCAUAUAAUCUAAUAUUAUAAACAUCUAAAUAAUAUAAUCGGUACCAUGAGUUUAUGGUUUUAAGACUACCCGUUGUCAUUGUUUAGUCCUUUGGUUUCUUGUGACUAUCCUGUGUGUGCCUAAUAGAAAAUUGUUGUUUAUCGUGGAAUGUAAAUAUUGAAGGACCUAUGAAACAUUUACCUACUUAUCUAACCAUAUUUCAAAUGCUUGUGAAUUUCUAACUAAAACUUGUAUUUAAAAUUUAUUAGUACUUAUCCAAUUGAAACUAAAAUAAAAUAGAUAAUUACUGAUUUAUAAUUAAUUAGUAUUUAAAAUUUAGAUAAGCAGUUUCAAGAAAGGUCAUUUAACUUCGUACCUAUUUGUAAUAAAUAGUAUAGUGAGAACAUUCUUGACCUAACAAUAGUCUGGUAAAAAGAUGUUAUACAAAGAAAGCCUGGUGAUAUUAAUUUAAGACUAGACCCAUUCAUAAAUUAAUAAAAUUAGUUAGGUUAGUAAUUUCUAUUAUAUUAAACACAAUAAUAAUACACAAAUCAUAUUUAAUAGUAUAGGUACUUAUUUAUUUUCUUUUUUUUUUUAUAUUGAUGUACUAUUUCAAUACAUGUUAUUAUAAUCUAACUAAUAUCUAAUAAAAAUACAAAAUCUAUGAUGAUUGAUUACAUUAUAUUUAUUCCAUUUUGCAACUUGUUACAUACUUAUCUAUUGAAAAAAUAAAGAAGAUAAUUAUAGACUGUGUGUUAGCUUAAGAAGCGGUUUUUUUUAAGAAAUAGGCACUUAUGUUUGUUUAUUUACGUUUAUGUAUGAUGUUUUUUUUGAAAUAAUAGUCAUGAUCAUUUAAACUGUUUUAUUGAGUUUUGUUUGAUGUCCAAUAGUGAUAAGUCAUUAUAAAACAUUGUGGAACCUAUCUUGAACCAUAUUUCUCCAACUAAUAUAAAUUAUAGUGUGUACUGAUAUCAAACCGAUUUUAAAUAUUUGUACUGUUUAUAUUUCAUCAAUAAUCUUUAACAGGUACCUAUUUUUGAUAAAAAAAAAACAAAAAAACUGUAAAUGACAUUAAAAUGCCAUAAUUAAUAAUUUGUUAGUAUCUAGAUCAGUUUUUUUUUUUUUGUACAUACCUACGUCCAAUUCUGUUAAACCAGUUCUUUUUAAUAUUUAAUGUGGCAGUUCAAAAACUGUAAGGGUCACCUCCCUUGAGAAACAGGACCACUUAACUGGGAAGAUACAGUGUAAAUAUUCUAUAGGUACACCGAGAUAAUAUACCUAGUUUUAUACCAUACCUACAUUGAAAAUAAGCUCAUUGUUCCCAUUAAUUAUUUUCGGAAUUAUUUUGUACUUUAUUGCUAUACAAUUAAGUAAGACAUGCACUGUCUUUAGUCAUAAAAAUGUAGGGUACUGAUUAUGGUUAUACAAUUUUUAAACAUUUAUUUGAAGUCAAACAAUUUGUGCCUACCUAGAUUUUUUAAUGACAAUAAAUAAUCAAAAAAAAAAACGUCAGCACAUUUGAAAAAUGAUUAAGUGCUGAAAACACUUAAGAUGUUACUGGUAGGUAUCCAACUAUUAUUUCAAAUAUUAUUCUAAAAAUAAAUAAAUAAAAUCCUUAAAAAUACAAUAAAUUAUUGUGAAUUAACUAGGUAGGUAAGCAAUUAAUUAGGUAUUUGAGGCAUCCUUCUAUUUAUGCAGAAAUAAUUAAAUUAUUUCUAGUACUAAAAUAUUUAACCGUAAUAUGUAUAUAUUGGUUAUUAGGUAACAGCCCUGUAAGUUUAUGUGUUAAGUGACCUAAUUUAAUGAAGUGUGUAAAUAAAUACCUAGUUAUGUAGGUAGAUAUAAUUUUAAUUGUUUCACUAACUAUUAAAUCUAGAAUUAAAUCAUAUAAAUGUAGAUACCUAUUUACUUAAUUCUGUUGAAAGUCAUAAAAUAUAUUUAGGUAAUAAUUUACAUAGGUACUGUAUAAGUAGUUUAAAUUUUACCCAUUCAAUUUACAUAUGUGUUAGUAUGUUGGCUACAAAAUUGGCCAUAAGUGUUAAUUAAACUAUCUUAUUUUGGACUUUAAUUUAUUUUUUUUUUUUUGCGUUUUAGUGCCCAUCCAUAUGAGUUGCAAAAGAGAUACCAUGGCUGAUAUAAUGAUACACUCUGCUGAUAACUCUCCUCGUCGUGAAGUAUAUCGAUGCGGUAUGCUCUCCCCAGUUCUUGGACCACGCAGUAGUUUUCGUAUGAACAGUGAACUCAAGCAUAGUCGUAGUGAUGAUUUAAUUUUGCAAGGUGCUCCAUACACUCCACCUGAUAUGCAGCAUGGUAUUAGCGAUGCUGCGUUUCAAAUUCAAAAAGAUGCUUGCGUUGUGUAUGAUGAUGAAAUUACUGAUCAUAGAAUGUCAAUGAAUUGCUAUGAUUCACCUAUUGUUGCUCAAGAGUUGAAUCCGACAACACCGUUAUUAAAGCUCACUGGAGAUUUUUCAUCAGACGGUGCUAACAAACGAUGCAGUGUAAUAGAUCGUAUUGAUCCGGAAGAUAGCAUUGGUGACAUAAUAUCCCAAAAUGACUUUUACAGGUAAUAUCUCAUAAUAAUAAAUAGACUUAUUUUAGAUAAAUACAACAUAACAAAAAUCUUAUUAUUUUACUAAUUUUAGAUUAUUGUAAUUAUAGAUAUCUAGGUAAUUUUCAAAUAUUUAUUUAACUUAUCAGUUUUUAUACCAAGUACCUACUUGUAUAUUUUAUACAAAAUAUCUAGAUUACUUUUAAAGUUCUCAGAUUUUUCUAAUUACAGAUUUAAUUUUUAUAAAUUAACCAUGAGGUAAAUAAUUAAAUAGAAAACCUCAACAAUUUUGUUUUAGACAAAUUAAUUAUAAUAAUGUUUCAAUAAAACUUAUAUUAAAUAAUUUAAUUUUACUAAGGUAUUAAUGCUACUUUUGAAUACUCCAUUUAAGUUUAAAUUGUUUAUACUUAUUUACUUAUUUGUCCUUAUAAUAUUGUUUUUUCUGAUUUACCUACCGUAUUUAAGCUAUAGCUUAUUUUUGAUAAAUAUAUUAAGUAAAAUUAUGUUUAUGGUCCAAAGAUGAUAAGGAUAAUAUAAAUAUAAUAAAACCUUUUUUUUUUUCUCGUUUUAACUGAAUAAACAUUGAGUGAGCAUUAUGGUUGUCAUAAUAAAACAUUUAGCACCUAAGGCUAACAAAUAUGAAUAAAAUCCAAGUAAGUAAAGAUAAAUGAAAUAUGUAAUAUUUUAUAUGCAUUUACCUAAACCAGUUUAUCCAUUAUCGAGCCAAGUAUUAUUAUUUAACUAUCAAAGAAUUUAUGGAAUAAAUUAUAAUGAUUAGUAGUACCUAUAUGAUUUAUAUUAAUCAUGUUUACCUAAAUACUUUUUGACAAAAAAUUAAAAUUAAUUUCUACAGAUUUGUUUGUAUGUUUGCAUAACAUAUUAAUUAUUUAAUUAUUUACAAAUAUAUUCUGUUUAAACUUUUUUGAAUUAGUUUCUAGUUUUUGUGUCACACACAUAGGUAAUUUAUAAAACAUCUCAUUAAUAAUUUAUUGUACCUACCUAUAUCUUAUUUUGAAAUACUUUCAUGAACUUGAAAGCUGAGACUACCCUAUUCGAGUAAGAAAUAAAAAUAUGUUCACAAUGCAUUAAUAACAAUUGUGAGAAAAAAAGAAAUAUAAAUAGUAAAAGAUCUAUUAUACACAAUAUUAUACAUGACAUCAUCCUUGAGUAUAAUGAUGAUCAUAAUAAUGACUAACAUAGCUAUAUAUUUUAUAUCCUUAGGGUUUUAAUGUUAAAAUUGCCAAUUUUCAUGGUCACAUGUGCUCUUGUAUAUAAUAAUUAUUUUUCAUAAGAUAAACAAAUAUUCAUCAUUCAAACAUUGAAAACUGAAAAUAGCACAUAAAUUAUUUUCUGUUAAAAGUUACAGAAAAAAUGAACAUAAACAAAAUCUAUUUUUCUAAAUAAUUUUAUUGUUUUUUAUACCUACCUAACAGAAAAUACAUUUUUUUUUCAAUGUGAAUUUUCGUUUUCAGUGAUUCCACCCAAUUGCAUAAUGUUUGGCCAAAAAAUUGCCUAACUUGAUUUUCAAAUGGCAACCUAUAUUAAAAAAUGCCAUAAAUUAACAAAGUUUUUGUUGAAAAAAAUUUUAGUGUUAUCAUGUUUAAUAUCUAUCCACCCGUUGCCGGGAUAUACUUAUACCACUUUUAUAGUUUUACAUUUGGUCCUGGAUUCAGUAAUUUUGCCCGGCACUCGGGUAGGGAAGGAACGGUAUUAAUUUCAAUUUUAAUAUUUAAUUAUUAGUUAAUGUACAAUGUAUGAAGUUCCUACCAAUUUAAUUAAAAACACACACAACUGGAUGUAUCUUAUGCUCGGCCUUGUGUACCUUUCUAAUUAAGUCUGUACUUUAACCAAAUCAUCAAACAUUGUUAUCAAUUUAUAAGCGUCUAAAUUAAUAUGUCGAAUAAGUAGACAAUAAAACUAGAUGUCUAUAUUUGUAUAACACAAUCCGAUUUGUAUGAUUGAAAGUUAUCAACUAGAAAAAUAUUCAAUUAUACAUUUUUGUGUUAUGUAUUUUAAGUAAUAAUAAUAAUAUUAUGUACUGGUAAUGCCGAAGAAUGUUGGUAAAAGUUGACAACCGAGAAAAAAAGACUUAUCUUCACUUACCUAUAUAUUUUGAAAUUAUUUUUCUAUUCAAAACCGUUAUGGUAUACAUAGGUAUGAUACCUAUUUGUUACGCUGAAAGGUGAAAAUUGUUACAAGACCACGCGGUUUUGCUCCGGCGAGUUCAUUCGUGUUAUGAGAACUGAGAAAUCAAAUCACAAGGUUAUUUAUUAUUAUAUUCAGUAGGAUUUCCGGUAGCUCUAAAUUCCCAGGCAAUCUUUAUCCGUUGCAUAGAAACAUAUUGUUCGUAAUAUUUAUUCGGUUCUUAAAAUACCUAAACCCUCUAAUGCGUUUUUGAUAAUAGUAAAAACUCCCUAUAAACUCCCUAUAGGUGUUGCCUGUAAAUUACUUAAUUACAAUUUACCAUAAUACAUUUUAGGUGUAUUUUUGAUACAAACUAAUACAAACAUAACAUAAUAACAUAAUACUAUAAUAGUUUAUGUUUAAUUUUUAAUGUACAAUAUAAUUUUCAAUGUUUUAUUUUGAACAGCAAUGUGUUGUUAAUCUAGUAACAUACUUACAACAAAACUAAUUUGAAUAUAAUUUAUAUAUAUAAUAAAACGUCUUCGAGUAAGGUGAGGUUAUAGGCUAGGUACAAGUCUAGAUUUCAUGAAAAUAUUAAUCAAUUUGUUUAAUUUUUUAUAUUUAGUAUUUAUUUAUACCAGAGAGUUUGUGGUUUGUUCUAGAUUUGUGUUGUUUAAACGUCACUACGAAAAGUAUUUGGACAUAUCGCGGAAAUACGAAGAAGCUCGGAGCUUGGCCUACUAUUUGGAGGAAAAAUAUCACGAAAUAAAGGUGAGUUAUCUAUUUAUUUUCGGUUUUGUUAGAUACUAUUUCCGCUGAUAUUGUUUAUCGUCGUGUUAUUUAGAAUAUAGGUCGAUAUACAAUUAUUAUUAUUAUUAUUAUUAUUUUAUAUUCGUUAGUCUUUAGGCUGUUAGUAGGUACUUUCACUAUUGUAGCUAGUGUUUACGUUUGAUCAACACCCACGUUGAUAUAACGGUGUUAGGAAGAUAGAGAGAUGACGAUUAUUCGUUUAAAGCGUACCAAAGCCUAAACGCGAAUAGACUCGAAGUGUGGUGAUGAUGACAAAAUUACAGAUUUAUUAUUUAGGUCAUUUUAGUCGUGUGCUGUGAUUAUUAUUUACGUAUUUACAAACAAAAUAGGAGAAAGCCCGUAUUAUUAUAUUGUCCCGGAGUCGUUUUUAAAUUUAAGUACCAAAUACGUAAUAUAGUAAAUUAUUGCGGCGUUUAUGUGCGCGUAAAAAGUUUGGUUUGGUGUCUAAAAUAUUGUUUUAUCAAUAAUUAUAGGCAAUUUUAGUUUGUUCAGUAAAACGAUUUAAUAAAUUAACGAUGUCAAUAUAAUACAGGCCUAGAACCAAACCUAAAUAAUACUCUGGCGAUUCGUGAGUUAAUAACUCGACGACGGUCUAGUAAAAAAAAAAUUUAAAAAAAUUAAAAAAUUAAUCGCUCUCGCAUAAUAAAUAAUCAUCGACCACGUCGGUAAUAAUAAUUGUUGUCCACGCGUUAUUAUGAUGUAAUAAUAGCAAACCCGAAGUGAGAGUUGUUCGUGUACGCGUGUGUGGGUAAACUCGCGAAUACCAUCAGGAAAUCUCCUAUCGAUCGGAUUUUUCGCUUUAGGUUACCUACGUUAACAACUCCUCUUACCCGAGCCGACCUAUUCGCUCGGGUUGCUGUUAUUUAUUAUACAAUAUUAUUAAUAAUAAUAAAGAAAAAAAAACCAAUUCUCGAGUAUUACGGCAGGUAAUACCCACACUCCGAGAGUUAGCGUAUCGUCGUCGCCUUGGUUUAUUAUUAUUAUUUCGAGUUUCCAAGGUAAAAACCGCGUUAUGUUCUUUGAUGAUUGGGGAACUACUACAGCAUUGAGCAGAAAAAAGAAAUUAGAACCGUGACACGUAACGGUGAGGCCGUUAUAGUAAUUUUAUAUAUAUAUAUAUAUUUAGUAUUUACUACCUUUAGGCUAUAUUAUAUCACGGCUGUCCGUACACGAAAAAUAAAUCGUCGUCUCUUGUUGUAGAGAUCGGCUUAUGUAUGUGACCCACAUUUUAUACGUCAAAAGAGACUGUGUUUAUAAUAUGGUAGCGUAGGAUUUAGCGAGUACGAGUCGAUGAGUAAAACGGAUACCGUAUUUGGGAAAAGAUCCCGAACGCUGGAUGGAAAUAAUUUUUCUAAUAAUAUACCUGCUGUAAAAAGUCGUCUGGUUAGAGUUAUAUAUUAUAUUAUAUUAUAAUACAUUUUUCCUUACUUCUCUGUACGUAGCACGAAUAAACUCGUAAAUGUCAAUCACCAAAGAAAUAUAACAUUAACGAUAAAACGCGAAUAUUCAAUUUACCCACUGCUAACUGACAAGUAUAAUAAUAUCCGUCUAGAAAAAUGUCUACCUAAUCAGUAAAAACUAAUCAAAAUCUGACAGAGAAAUCGAUAGACGUCUAAUGUUUUCUUGUAGUUGAUUUUUUUCUAUUAUACACGAACUGUAUAAAAUAAUACAAACUGGGCAUGCCUAGUUAUAUAUCCUAUGUUUAAAAAUGAGGCAACGGUUAUUAUUAUUUUGCGACCAAAAUGUUACAUUAUAUGCUUUUUUUUUAUUCAUUCAUUUUGUUAUAUUUGAACAACUUUUCUUCCAGAAAUCUUGAUCCAAUCAAAAAUCGACGAGAGAUUUUUGUAGAAUUUUCGAUCUAGCUAGUGCAUUCGGGAAAUCAUUUUUAUUUUAUCGAAUUCAUUUUCCUAAUAAAGUAGAACCUCACUAAUUGGGGCUCUAUAGGUUGUCCGAAUUAAAUGAAAUAACCAAAAACCGUGCAUGUAUUAUAGAUUUAAGAAUUUGUAUUGUAAUAUGGCAAAAUGUGGUGACCACGUUUUUAUAAUAUAUAAAUGAAACAUAUUGAAAAAUUCGAUGGUUUUUCAACCGGCUUAGAAUCUUAAACAUUAAUAUUUUAAUUCUUGAAAACUAAACAGCAUAAUUUUUCUAUAAUUAUAGUUUUAGAUUCAGUUUUAUGGAUUCUACGAAAACGUUCAAUUUUUGCCCGAACUACACUGUGUUCAAAAUAUAACGAAAUUAUAUUCAAAACGAAUAAAAUGUUUCUAUAUAAAUUGAGGGAAAUCUUGUUGAUUAAUCGUAUUUUGCAAAACAUUCAUUAUAAUUUAAAGCCAAAUACGCUUGACUUAUUUUAUUGCGAACUAAUAAUAAUAUUAUUAUUAUUUGUGAUUAUGUCAGUUGUCAGAAUUAAACAUGGUGGGCGAAUUAGUAAAGCCAACAAUACAAUAUUUAUCAUCUGGUUCGAAAAAUGUAAGUCUCCGUUAUUUUAAAAAUAGAUUGUUACAAUAAUUUCAUUGUACAAAAAUAGAAUGUGUGAAAUGACGAUGCGUUUCUUAAAUAAUAAAUAAUAUUGUUGAAAGAAAUUAUAAAUUUCUUUAGGUUUAUUCGGUUUUUUUUCGUCGUUUAGUAGAUUUAAACUAUUUAAUUUUAAUUUUGAUACUGACGUUAAUGUUUCUUAUCAUAUUUCUAUACCUCCUAAGAACAAUGAAUUCUUAUAAUUUGGUCCUGCUAUUUUGGUUUUCUUAAUGGGAAACAAAUAACACAGUUGAUACCUAACGUAAGCCCCCCAAAAAAAGUUAAAAAUGCUUGUCUGACAUUACCAAUUGAUUAAAAUGAAUCCAAAAUAGCAAUAGUUUUUAUAUUUAAGUACCUUUUAUAAUUUAUAAAUAAGUAUAUUUAUUUUAGAUUCUGAGUGUAGCGAAAAAUGAAUUGGUUUUACAAAUAUGUUUAUUUUUUUAAAUUUUUUUAUCCUGUGAACAUAAAUUCUACAAUAAAUCUUGCUCAGAUAUAUACGCGCGGCACCAUUUCUAAAAGAGAAUGUUAUCCAGAUGGUACUUUUGGGAGGUCAUUUUUUGAUUUUCCAAGCAGUUUUCAAAAUAUCUGGGGAAAACCAGGAUAAAACGCAAUAAAAACGGGAAGUAUACGAAAUUAAUGCUUUUAUUAUUUUAUCAAUUUUGUUAUUUGUUGUAACUUAGUUAAAGAAAUUUAGACAUAAAACUUAUAUUUAUGCUAAAUAACUCUCUAUUUGAAGUCGAAUGGUCAUGAAUACGUAUUGCCAUACUAGGGGUCGCGGGUUCUAACUCGGGGUUUGAAAAUAAAUGUUUUUCUCUUUUACCUAAAUAGGGAAAAAACAAAUGCAUUUUAAGUGUACCUAGAGACCCAGCUAUCGUUCACUCGGACGAUGAUCUUGAACGAAAAAUACCCCUCGAUUUGUUGUGCGAACUUUUCUACGAGAAAUCUUGCUCCCAUGUAUCAAGUGUAGCUUAUUUUCUUAAAGGAAAUUUUAUCUCUAUGGCUUAGGGAGAUCAUAUUUGUGAUUUUCUUAAUAGGUUUUCAUAAUAAGUAGAAAAAACAGGAAUAAAAUGUCGGAAAAACGGAAAAAUUUACGAAAUGUAGGUAUUAGUAAAAAAAUAUUAUGACCUUUUUUUUCUGUGUAUAACUUUUCUUCCAGCAAUUUUGUUCCAAUUUACAAUGAUAGCACUUUUUCCGAAAGUAAAUCCGACUGAUAAAGUACUUUAGGGAGGUCAUUUUUCGUUUUUUCCAAGAAUUUUCUUAGUAAAUGUGAUAAUCCAGAAAAAAAUAUGGUAUAAACGAGAAAAUCGAUCCAAUAUUAAACAAAUAUUAUUAAAGAAAAUAUAUAAUACCUAUUUAAUUAUGCUACUAUUAUAAGACAUACAUAUAUAUUGUUGACAAAGCAUCACUAUCAACUGAACUACGUUCAGAAUCGUUUUUUCGUUAGCAAUGGUUUAUCGUUGCUUACAGAUAUAUAUUAAACAUUAUACAUUACUUAUAACAGUGGCUGCAUCCGUUUCCAUCAUCCUAGGACGUCUUUUUUUUUUUUUUGUAAUCGAUACUAUUUCUACGAAAAAUAAUAGGACAAUUAAAAAUACACUUAUGCAAGUGUAUAUACCUACUACCUACUAUAUUGGUCAUUUUUUUGUAUCCCCUCUUAACUGCAUAAAACAUAAUAGCGAUAUUGAUCUAAUCUUUAUAAAAUGCAAAUUUAAUUUUUGUCGGUAUUUUUAUUUCUUUUCAAUUUUCAUUAAAUGUUAUACUUUUCUAAAUUAAAUAUUAUUGAAAACAGACACGUUUGCGAAAGCUAUAUUCUAUAAAAGACUAUAAUAAUAUAACAGAAGCUCCGCUUCGCUGGUAUUCCUCUCUAAUGGAUACCAAAAAAUAAUAUUUCCAUAUACACAUUAAGUUGAUUUAGUAGUAAUGUGUUUAUCGGUCGGAAAUACACGCUAGUGCACUCCGCCCAAAUUGUUUGGAAAAACUGCCGACGCUGCCGUCGCACAUGUACUGUAAAACGGGAAGUCGGACCGUUGUAAUCGCUAAUCAUUUAUCUAACCGGGGUGGGGUCGUGUCUUUUAGUUGUUUUAUUUUAGUAGAUUGUUUCUUAUAAAAGUAUUAUAACCUAUUAUUGCAUCGAACGAAACGUGUUCUGGAAAAUAAUAAUUCAUUAUUAUUUGGGCUAAAUUGGGCGUCUCUGCUGGACGAGCAUAAUAUAAUAUAGAAAUAUUUUGUACUUAACUAUGUUUGAUAAUAGGUUCAAUAUUAAUUUACGAUCCAAUUAUAUUAAAAAAAAUAUCGGAACACGAUUCUUAUUGAAUUUUUAUAUGCAUCGAAACACGAUUUACGUACCUAUGGUUUUGUAGUUAAUUUUUUUGUAUUUUUUACUACUUAUUAUAUAGUUAUUAGGUAGGUACUAAUUUCAUUCGAAAUUCCCUAAAAAUGCAUUAAUUACUUAAUUUCCUUUAAAAUUUCUUAGUUACACGCAUAUGUACACUAUAGUUAAUAGUUUAAUAAUAAUUCAUAACGUUCGCAUAAUAAUAAUAUUGUACUUAACAUAUUAGAAUGUUGUUUAAAUAACCUUUAUAUUAAUUAAUAUGCCCAUAAUCUAUGGACCAUUUUAUAUAAUUUAUAUCCUGUUCGUUAAAAUUAACAAAUCUAAUUGCAUUUAUUUAUUUAUUUAUUUUUAAAUUGGUCUAAUUUAAAUUUAUUUCAAAGCUGUCAAGGUCUUUUUCAUUGAAUAAAAUAAUAAUUUACAUAGGUAUUUAAUCAUUUAUUUUUAAAAAAAUUCGGAGUUUGACCUGUAGGUAAUAUACGUAAUAUAAUACAUAUAAUACAUCGAUUAGAAUAAUUUAAAUCUAUAUAAAAAAAUAUAACUUGCCAAUACAAUAAGUCUUUUUUUUAAAUCUGAAAAUAAAUAUAAAGCUAUUAAAUUUACAAAGAUGAUGUGUUUUUUCCCCUUAGAAAACACAGUUAGUAAAAAUGCUUCAAUUUGUUUUCACGCAGUAACUAAAAAGAUAUGGAAUUUCUGUACGAAAAUACUGUAUUUGAAAUAUUGAUCGAAAUUUUCAGCAGUUAAUAACUCGAUAAGUCCUUUUUUUGUUAUUCGAUUUGUAUUGAUAUCUAUGUUACCUUAAUAAUAAGAGAAAAAAUACAACUAUUACUACUCCACUCAGAAUCGUUUUUUCGUUUAAAAUGAUUUGUAGUUGCAUACAGUGUAUAAACUAAAUUAUACAGCCUACUUUCCCAACUAUUCAUCACCUACAACAGCGACUUGAUACCCGUAAACACAGCGAAUCAAAUGAGCAGGCGAUCAAAUUGAUUGACUAAAUAAUUAAUCUUGUACAAUUUUUGUUUUUAUAUAUUUAUUUCGCCUAUUUAAUUUGACAGAAUAGUAUAAAAUAUAAUAAAUAUAUGUAUGAUUUUCGGAAAAUUUGAUUAUACGCAAAUAGUAUAUCAUAAUUAGUCCAUAGGUGAUAAAUAGAUAAGAGUUGGUUCGAGAUGUAUUUUGUUGAGAUAUCAAACACGCGUGGUACUUUUAAAACGGAUGUUCACCAUUAUAAAUAGUCUUAUAUUGUCUCGUUGAAAAUGUUCGUGAAAAUUAAUUUGUAUUUGACAAGGUGUCCUGUAUACGUUUCUUUUUAUUAAAACUUGUAUUUGUUUAAUAUCAGUGUCACGACGAAUUAAUUUCAUAUUUAAUAUACGAAUAUACGUGUUACAAUACGUAUAUUAUGUUAUUAUUUUGCGAAUUGCGAAGGGGCGGUUUGCAAUAUUAUAUUAUUUGUGUACUAAAAUUUUGUGUGUACGAACAAAAUACAAAGUGUUCAUCGCCAGAUUAGAUGUGUAAUUAUUAUUUUUAAAGUCGAAAUAAUCCAAUAUUUACCUAACGCACAAUUCGCUUGGUCACGAAAAUACCGUUUUAAUCGCUUUUUUUAAAUAUAAAUAGGUAAUGAGAAAAAAAAAAUCAAUCGAUAUUGCAGAUGUUUUUGUUAUUAUUAUUCUCCGUUUAUUUUUCUCGGUCACGGUGCAGAAUGCGACGAACUCGAACUGGUCAAACGGUAUAUCAUCGCGCAUUUCGAUGUUUUCGUCGCAUGAUAAAUCGUGUGUAAAAAAAGAAAAAGGUAAAAUAAUUCAUCGGGUAGAAUCAUUUCACGGAAUAUGCGCGUCCACACUUUUAUAUAAUAAUAAAAUUCAUUUAAAUAUUCAGAUAGCAUCCGUAACGGGAAAUCGUGCAGUACUUCCGUUUUACUAUAAUAUACGAACGCCCAUAUAUUUACGUACUUAUAUUGUAUACCUAUACGAUAAUCGUAUAUAUACGAACAAUGGCUGACACACGACGAGAGCAGCAAGACGAUUCGGUUUUUAAACAAACUCGAAUCGUUUGAAAACUACGAAAUGACCAUAACGUUUUGUUUUGUUAUUGUUAUUAUUAUUAUUAUUAUUUACGAAUAGUACCUAAGUACGCGGUUUAUUAUGGUUUAUAGACUUCGGUUAUGGUGGUAUAGUAUACUAUAGUAUUUUAGUUGACGGUAGUGGUGGUAGUAAUAGUAGUAGUAAUAACUGGGAUCGUGACCAAAUUAUAAUCGUAUUGUAUGACGUGUACGAGUGUUGUCUGUGUACGAAUUACUAUUAUGUUGUUAUUGUUGUUAUUGUCAAAAAAAUUAUAGUGGUUUAAAAAUAAAAAGUGAUUUUAAAUAAUAUUCAAGGACAUUUUUUUUUUUUUGUUUUUUUAAAUCACUCCGUAUAUUUUUGCGAAAUUUUCCCGAUAUCCCAUAGAGAGAAACGCGUAAAAAUGUGUACCACAAACCGUACGCUAUAAUAUAAUAAUUCUAUGUAAAUAAUAAUAUUGUAUGUAUACCUACGUCAUUGUACUCUCGCAUCCAUUAUAUUAUUAUAUUUGUUUUAGACUUUGGUACAAAACUUACCUACUGUACCAGCAUGUUAUUAGCAUUGAUUGUAUUUUUAUCUUUUUUUUUUUACUGAAUUUGAAUGUUAAAUUUUUUAGAUUCUGGGUGUAGUGAAAAAGCUGCCUAUUUGUUUUACUGUAAUGUGUGUUUUUUUCACGAAAAACACUUUUGUAGUAAAAAUACUCCGAUAUUUUUUUAUGUCGUAUUUCAAAAGAAUUUUGGUUUAAUAGUACAUUAAUUGAAAAAUAUUUGAAAUUCUUAUUACUUUUCGAAAAAUAGCGUUCUAUGUAUAUAAAAUCAAAAAAAAAAAAACCAAAAAAUGCAAGUUAUUAAAAUGCACCAAAUUUUACACGCAGUAUACGUCAGUAUCUUACAAACUGUAGAAUUUCUGUCCAGGGGUACUAUAUUUUUGUCUAGAUUCCUAGCAGUUUUGUUUAGAAGUAUGAAAACUAAACAUAAAUGUCUGUUACAUAGGUUUUAUUUUUGUUGAUAUCUGGGUUACGGGAAAAAAAAUUAAUACUACAUUCCACUAAGAAUCGUCUUUCAUUUGAAAUAAUUUAUAGUUGCAUACAGUAUGUAAACUAAAUUACUUUUAGUAUAUCGUACUUUACCAACUAUCCAUCUACAACAAAGAGAAAUAUAAACUUUUUUUUAUAAAAUUACAAAUAUAAUUAUAUAUUGUUCAUAUUUUUUCCACGAACAAAAUAAUAUUAUUACGGCUGAACCAAAACAAAUAAUUAUAAAACUAACUUUUUUCCAUAGUUUUAUUUUCUUGUCAGUAUAAUAUUUACAAUUCGCGUGGAAAUAAACGGUUUUGUUUAGAUAUUGAAUAGGUACGGUUAAUUUUUUAAAUUUUAUAUAGCUGCAAUUAGUUGUUAUCAUAUACCGUCACUGAAAUAACAUUUCCCUAUCUUUUUUUUUAUAUAUAUUAUUGUUUUGUUAUUAUAGUCGUCAUAAAUAAUUACAUUAUUGUCUGUAGAUAACAAAUAGCAACAGCGAUUCAAAUAACUAUAAGGAAUAUGAGCUACUCGAUACGGUGUUAGAUUUUGAGCGAAACACAGAAUGUAUUUGUUUUACUAUGGUGCAUUUUUUUUGUGUGUCUGAGUUCUUAUUAAGUUAUUAAUCGAUACACGAUUCCUAGUAGAAAAGUUAUUUACAGACACACGACAUCAAAACUUAGAAUCAUUUUUCGUUAACAUUCGUUACGUAAAUAAAUACAAUUACUGUAUUUAUCUUUCGUUUCGACUUCCUUCCUAAAAUAUUAGUACACCCAUUAGUAGUAUUCUAGUAGUAUCAGCCUAUUUUAAAAUAUAAUUUGCAUUUUCUUUGAAACAAAUUAAAAAACAUUUUUAUUGUUCCAUUAGGUACUUAAAAAAAAAUCAAACACAAUUUUUUCGUGACGUGCACUUUCUCAUUCAUUCAAUAUGAAAUUGUUUUUCUCUGUAAACGAACAUUUCCCUGUACUUUUAGUACUAUCAAGCAAUUCGAAUUAUCCAAUGUUUUAUUAUUGUCACCGUUCUAGAGAUAAAACCGAAUUAAAGAAGAGAAAACCGCACAUUGAAUGACCGAGUUUAAAGUGUAUAUAUAAAUAUUUUAUACGGAAAAGAAAUAUAUUUAAAGUAAUGCCUUUGCACUUGACAAUAACUGAUGGAAAACCGUCGUACAACAGGGUGCCACAUAUUUAUACCACUGUGUUGUUUUCAGUGGAAAUAUGAACCUGAAAUAACCCAGGAGCAAUCUAUAAUCUACCCAGUGCGGUAGUGCCCAUUUACGAAUAUUUCCCAGUAAGUUCCCUAAUAUAUCUCGAUGUUUUUAUCCGUUUUUACUUAAUUAAUCCUAAACGAGUACUACAACUUAGUUUUUUCAUAUUGAACACCACUAAAUCUAAAAAAACUAAUUCUUUUUUUAAAAAGAGCGUUCGUUUCGCCACUGGUAGUUUCUUACACGGGUUCCCUUAAAAUGGGCUUUAAAAAGCAACAGAUCUCGAAAAAAAAGUAUUUUUUUAUGAAACACAUCUCAUUUUAAACCACUUACCGUGAAUAUACUUUGGUUUUAUUUUCUCAUGCACAUUAAUCGUCAAAUUUGUCACUGUUUAGAUUUAUUUAAAUAAUAUAUUAAACGUUUAAGGUUCGUUUAAAACGGAACAAUUCACAUUAGAAUAAAUAGAAAGAUCCGAAAUCUUCAAACCCCAGCUCCCAUCAUAAUUCAUAUAAUAUUCCUUGUGUGAUUUGGUUAUUAUACUCUUAUUUAAUCGAACAUUUUUUCAUUUACAUAUCGUUGAAUAAGUCAUUCAGUAUAUUAACCGACUGAGAUAUUGAGAUAUUUUUUAAUACCGUUUUUUUUUUACGAGUCGAUUCUGUACAAUGUGUAUAUUAAUGAGAUGUGUCAACGCACCUACUUAUUAGAACUGACAAAUCUUUUAGUCAUUUAUCAGUACCUAUAAUUUACUUUUAUGUAGUACUUAACAAAAAUGAAAAAUGUAAGUACGUAUUUAAGUGUGUGAGAUUGUAUAACGUGUUUUCUUGUUUGAGUAUAUAGUUAACGUAAUUAUCUAUAAAAAAAAAAAAAAAAAUGUUCUUGCUGUAAAAAGUUUUCGACGUUGGUUUUAAAAUCCAAUCCUGUGAAAAAUAAUGUUAAAAGACAAUGACCCUGGAUUCAUACUAGAUAAUUCAUUUAGUAUGUUUGUCAGAAAUAAAAUAUUGGACGUAGUUACAUAUACCAGACAAAAUUCCAUGUCGAUUUUUAGUAAUUAAAUUUGAUAUCAUAUGUAAAUAUUAUUUGCCAUGAAAAAUUAUAACAAGGUACGAAUUUUCGACAUUGUUAAAAACAUGUUAAUAUAUUUAUUAUACCUUGCCGCUGUGUGGUAAAUUAUAAUAAUAUCUACCAGACAUAAAUUACAAUAACGUGUUUUUUCCCAUCAAGGCCACGAAAAAUAAUGAUCAUUUAAAAUUUUUUUUUUAGUACCGGGUACGCUGAUGUUACCACAAAUUUGUAUAUAUGUAUACUCGUAUUAUAUCAUUGUGCGCAUUUAUUAUUAUUAUUACCUAUAUCGGUACCUAUCUACAUAUAAUACUGAUAAUAAUAAUAAUAAUAAUAAUACCAUUUUCCCAUAAUUCGCGUUCUUUCGCGAAAAGGACACGCACAGCAGCAGACAGCCAGCUAAAAUAUCACGUAUAUUAUUGUGUUUGUCGUGUGUGUAUUAGAAAGUUACAUACAUUUAUACCUAUGGUAGGUAGGUAUUCUAUAGAAAAAAUAAAAAGGAAGAAGAAACAAUAAUAGGUAUAUAAUAAUAAUAAAAUAAAAAAAACUGUCUAAUCGUAUAAACUGACAUCACGAUAUUAUAAUACCGCGCGGCCAUUGGUAAUGGUGUAACAUUUAGAAUAUACACUCUAAUAAGUAUAUAAAGACAGGAAAGAAAAAUAAAACAGACAUACUUCGCAUAAUAGGUGGGGGCUACUGUUGUAGGUAAGAAGUUGUGAGGGUAGAGGGGAAAUUCAAUGAAUAUAUUUACGCAAAGAAUAAUCAUUGUUAACGAAAAAUGAUUCUGAACUAAGUUCGGUUUUACAUUUUUUGAAAGGCCGUAAUAUUGAGGAUUUGUAAAUAAUACAUUUCAUACGUUUUCCGUUUUACUUCCUUAAAGUACCGCCCUAGUCAGAUUUCCUUUCAGAAAAAGUGAUACACUUGAAAAUCGGAGCAAUAUUACCUGAUUGAAAAGGUUGGAAAAAGAAAAUGUAAAAAUAAACAUCAUUGUAAAACCAUGAUCCGCUUAGAAUCUAAAAACAUUAAUUUUUAAAAUUGUCGGUGGGACGAAGAAACUAUUUUGUAGUUUUAUUAAGAUGUGGUUUUUGUACUAUUUCUCCCUUCUCGGAAAACAUUUGUCCAGUUAGAGAAAAUGCUCAAAUUUUUUCACACAUUUUACAGUGUUUCCGUGAACACAUACUGCAUUAACCACUAAACGGAUCCCGAAACCUUCGGUAACCAGCUUUACUAACCUAACGGUCAAAAUCACACAUUAUAUACGACAAUAGGGUUGUGUCGGUUGCGCCGUUUAGUUUUAGUGAGUUUCUAGGUUCUAGCCCUUGUACGGUUGUUUUAAUGUCAACUGCCUAUUCUAGAUUCCGGUAUUUUAAGUUUAUGACCACAGGGUUGCCGAUCACAGAAUUAAUCAAUAGCAUAAGUGCGUAUUUAAGUGUAAAUCGUUCGAAGAGAACUAGAAUAGUUUGCUAGGUAACCUCGUAUAAACCGUGUAAAACAUUAACAUAUACAUAAUUUAACGAGUAAUUUAAUGAAGCAAACAGAAAAUCUUCAAAAAUAUUCUACAAAUAUUUUACUGGAUUCAUUCUCCAGGUCUUUCACUUGAAACCCAGACAGCAGUGAUUUAUCGAAUGUAGUUUUUAUAAAUCGUUAGUUAAUAAUUUUAAAAAACUAGAUUCGUCUGGCAGUGCCAGUGACGCGUUGCUACCGUUGAGUCCAACGACCGAGUAUUAAAACUUUACUGAUUUGGCAAAUCAUUUAUUUUUUACUUUUCAAUGGAAUAAUAAUUGAAAGGAAUACUAUAGCUUACCAGUUAAUCUAGUUGUUCUGUGAAUCGUGUUUUUUUUAUUGCGACGCUUUUUCGUUUGCUUAUAAUAAGUAAACUUAAUUACCCUAAUAUCUCUACAUCUAUUCCCAACUUCCCACCUAUAACAGCUAUUACUAUACAGCUAUUAGCUAUUACAACAUGGGUGUGCUACUACUUACCCAUGUUGUGAAUCAUUUUCAGUUUUUUUUUUUGUUUAAAUAUCACAUGGAUCCUCCUGUCGAUUCGUCUAGAUACUUCUAUACUUAUACACUUAUAAAUUCUUUAUCGCAUAUACGUGCCGUAGUGUACUAUACGAUGAUUUUCAUUUGUUUUUUUUUUUUUUUUUAUAGAUGCUUCACAAUAUAUUAUAAUUUUAUAAAAGACACGUGCAUUAUAAUAGGGUUUAUAGUUUAUGUAUAUCGUUCUAUAUUAUACUAUUAUAAUGUACUACGCGCGCCUCCUCCGAUUUACGUAUAGAUACCUAUCUAAAAAAAAAAAUAGUGCAUUUUUAUUGUCCUCAAAUAAAACAAUGGUAAAUAUUAUUAUUACAACAAAAACGCCGGUAAACUGGGCCGUGCAAUAAAUAAUUAAAUACGCCAGACAAACAGCAGCUUACGUAGUUGUGUUUAGAAGAUUUUGGCUCGAAAAUUACUCGAGAACCUCUCCUCCCCUCGCCAAAAAAAAUAAAAUAAAUGUAGUUAUUGGUUAGGCCCUAGAUUUAUCUUGAUAGUAAUUAUUAUGGCGUGAGUAACAUAACAAAAUAUUUAGGUAUGAUCACUGUGUGUCACGUUGUCGGUUGGUUGAUUGACAACAUUAUAGCGGCAAUACAAUUUUUUGCCAUUAAUAGAAGUGGACAACUACGAUGUCGGUGAAAUAAGGAAAUAUUUCAAAGGGGUGUGCGUAUUAAAAAACCUGUUACUAUACCUAUCUAUCUAGAGGUUCUUUUAAUCUUUUAGAUUUUUCUCUUUGAUAUUUAGUUGUAAUACGUACAACUAAUAAUAACCAUAUUAACUUAUAAUGUGACAGUAAGCGCUAAGCUUUAUAGUUGUUUUUUUUCACCGAAAUUAUCUAAAUUAUUCUAAUAAUGAUAACGAAAAAUUUGAAUUUGUAUUUAUAUUUUAUAUAAAAAAAUGUUGGAAUACGUUUACACUCGUAUAAAAAAAGAUAUUUUAUACCUUAUAUAAUUAGAUAGCUUGUAUUAUUUUCCUCCUUCGUUUGUAUGUCAUCUAUAUCCCUCUGCAGUAUUAUACUCAGUUGCCUGAAACUUUACUGUAACGGAAAAGUUUUUAAUAUUAAAAUAUAGGUCAUUUAUAUUUAUUUAAACAAUUUGAAGACAAAAAAUUUAAUUCUUCUAAAGAUUUGAUUUUUUUUUUUUUAUAUACAUAAAAACUAAAAGAAUAUUCGGUGUAGUUUUUUUUUAGAAUGUUAUAGUAUAUUUUACUAGUCAUCCUAUAACUUUUUAUAUAACAUACUAACAUAAACGUGAUUUGUUGUAAGCUAAGUUCCACAAAAGUAUGGUGAGACCCGCUAUGUCGUGUUGUAUAGUCAGAGUGUUGGUCGAUGGACAGAAAAAUAGAACAGAGAAUGAGUGUAGCAGAAAUGAGAAUGCUUAUGUGUUGGAGUGACUAAAGAAUAUGGGAUAGUGAGUACUUAAGCGUGGCUCCGAUAGUAGACAAAAUGAAAAGAAUAGACUGAUAUGGCUUAGGCAUGUUAUGAGGAUAAGUGAAGUUCAGAAACAGUAAGAAUCGUAAUGAAAAUAAACGUAGGAUGAAAGAGGGAAGAAAAAACCGAAAAAGAGGCGGUUGGAUGCGAUUGAGAAUGUAAUGAGGAUAGCAGGUGUAUGCGAGGUGGAAGAUCCCGGUCAAGUGGAAGUUUGGGACAAGUAUGAUCGAUCUCAAAUAGUUAGGAUGAAGGCGAAGGAAAAAAAAAACGAGGUGUGUUAUAAAAAAAAUUGUCGGGGGCUUGAUAAUAUGCAUAUGUCUAUCCCGUCCUAUUUUAUUAGGUUAUUGCAGCAAGCCCUCUCGAGAUUAUCGGCUUUUGGGCGCGCGAGAAAAAUUCAAUACGCGCGGUCCCGAACGAUUCAAUGUGUGUGUGUGUGUGUGUGUGUGUGUGUGUGUGUGUGUGUGUAAGCGAGUGCGUAACUGCACAACAACAGCUGGUGUAUGUGAUGUAUAACGAUUCUCGUUUGUUAUUAUUGGACGCCGCCGAUCUGGAACGAAGAGAAAAACGAAAAUCUCCGAUCGAUACGACACCGCAGCCACGACGACGAUAUCCAAUAUCUGAUUAUGGCCUCCAGUUGCACGACGAUACCUAAUACGGGAACGCUGGGCCACCGACGACGAAGUCAUAGUACUCGUGUUCUCCGGUUACGCCACGUCGUUCGAAGGACUUGGAAACUUGCAGUCCGGGUCACACCCGUCGCUCAACAGAGAUUUUUAAUAUCCGAAUAACGGCGGCUAUCUAUAUAUAUAUAUAUAUAUAGUGUAUUUUUAUAUUAUAUUAUUUUAUUUAUUUGUAUUAUUAUAUUCUCCGAAAUUGUGUACGGCGCGUGACUAAUGUACUGCACACUCUUAUAAGAUAAGUCGUGAUAAAUACACGGCGACUGUCGAAAAAACGAAGUUGUUAUAUUUGUAGACGAAUCAUUGUAAUAAGUUAUGUAAUAUAAGAUUUUCUUUUUCUUUUAAAAAAACGCCAAAAUAAUAAAACCAACGUUGCGCACUGCAAGUUCUCCAUUCGAUCGAUAGCAUCUUUCCCUAAAGAUGUAUAUUUUUCGAUCUAUUCAAUGGUACUUUUAUUUGAACAGUUUUUUUUUUUUUUUUUAUCAAAAUACCUAAUAUUAUUUUUUAUUUUCUUUGACAUUUGUGUUGUUAUUUGAUUUUUUUUUAUUUUCGGGUUACCUUGGCAGUUGUGGAAAAAACACGACUGAUACCACCACUCUGUUCAGAAUAAUUUUUUUCGUUUUUAAUGAUUUAUCGUCGUAUAUAAUAUAAUCUAGAUUAUAAUCAUGUGGCAACCACCUUCUCAACUACCCACCUAAAACAGUAUCAACUAUUAUAGACUCUUUCGCUCGCUUAAGUCUUAUUUAGAAAUCGGCGUACACAUUUAUGCACAUAUGCUUAUGCAUGUAUAUUAUGCACGAACGUUUAAACGGCGACAUUAGGUAGUGGCUAGGUUUCAGCAUUAUAAUAUUAUUUUAAACUAUUUAUAUUGCUUAUAGUCUUGGCAAUGCUAUUUGGCCGAUCCGCGCGAUGCGUAAAGCUCCAAUUGCAUUUUUAUGUUGGUUUUUACCUGUGGUAAAUAAGAAUUUCGCAAAAAUUGAAUUUAAUUAAACGCACGUUGAUUAUUGUGCAAUUGCCGAGCUAUACGUAUACAUAUUAAUAAAAUAAAUAAAGGAAACAUCUGCAAAGAAACGAUUUAAUUAAUAUUUGUCUUCAGUCAAACGUGCUUUAUCGAUAUUAAUAAUAAAUAAUACAAAUAUCGAAUCUUACUGUUUCUGUGGGGUUUUAAUAGUAAUGCUAUUACUAUUGUCUAUUUAUAUUAUAAACUCGUAUAUACUUUUUUUUAUGAAAUAAAAAAAAAUAGACAACGAAGACAAUAAUUACAAUUUAUUUUAACGUAAAACUGUCGAGUCAUUCAUAUACUUUUAGCAUUGACCCACAAGCCUGCCUUUUAUUUGAAAUUUAAUCUCGAUUUAGGUUAGCUGCGCAACUUGGCAACGAUAAUAUUAUAUAUUUCCCUUCCAAUUUAUAACAUUUAAAAGUCAAAAGUCUUAUUAAUAUAUUUAUUUAUUUAUUUAUUGAUCAUUAACCUCAAAAACGGCAUUUUGUUAUUUUUAUAUUUUUUUUUCGAUCUGAAAAUUGAUUUAUAACCAAUUUAUUUACAUCAGAUAUUUUCUCCGUAUUACCCUUUGUCUACCAUAUCCUUUGCUUAAGGGAACUCUUCGUAAGAAUUCACUUCCAUAUCCUUCAUUAAUUGGUUGGUGUUCUUUGAUUGUGACCUUCCUCUGUAUCGUAAUUCAUUAAUAAUUAUUGAACUGUAUAAUUCGUCAUCACGUAUCAGCGUGUGUCUAUCUGUUAUCUCUUUGUAUCCAUUUGUUCUUCUUUCAGUCCAACUUAUUCUCUACCCCUUUCUCCGACACCACAUUUCUAGAGCCUCUAGCAUAACUUUUUUGUUUAUUGUUCUUGUUCGUGUCUCAUGUUCAUAAUAUAAAGUCACAAUCUAUAUUAUUUCUCCUUACUCUAUUUAUUUAAAAUCCAAAUAUAAGUAUACCAAUUUGUUUGUGGUUUUUAAUGGUUACUCGAUGUUUCGAUGCUGGAAAAACUGGUAUACCUAUGAUAUGUACAAUAGAUUCAUAAUGGGAUUUCAAUAUUACUAGACGAAGUUAUAGUAGUGCGUUAAACUAUACACUUAUUGCGGUUUAUUUGUAUAUCGUGGGCGUUUUAAUUGGAUACCUAUAGAAGAAAACCCCUGAAACAUUUAAUUCGUACAUAAUAAUUGUGUCCUCGUGACAGUCGUCUUAUAAUAUUAUGUGUUUCGGAUUAGAAUUUUUCAAACAGCCUUCGUAUAUAUCGCGAUAGGUGAUGGUGUUACGUGGGAUGGGGGUGAAGGGUUUAAGACAUAAUACUUAUUUGCUUCGUAUUUAUUAUAAUACCAAGACCGUAAGAAAUAUCAAACUACAGGUCUGUGGAGCCUAUAGUAAUUAUAUACCGAUUUGGUCCUUGCGAAUUUAAAAAUGUGUUAAAUGUUUAACAUUUUAAACCUAUCAUUGUCUAUAUUCUCCACGUUAAAAAUAUCUUAUAAACUAUAUUUCAAACGAGGUUAAUUCACGUCAAUAUGUAUAAGUAAUGACAUAGCGUAUGCAAUAUAUAGUUACUACUAUCGUAUAAAUUUAAAUUAAGUCUGAAAGUUGUAUGAUAGUUCCUUUUUCAAUAUUAUAUAUUAUUAUAAUCUCACGACGUUGCGGAGAAAGGUAAAAUGACAUCGGUAAUUUAAUUUAAUAGUAUAAAGAAUUAUAUAGACACAUCGUAUACGUGCAUUGAACACGAAAAUUAUAAAGUAAAUCAAACAAGUUAUAUGCCCUUAUGUAAGAUUCGUAUUUUAUUGAAGAGAAAAAAUCAGUUUUAACUGCGUUACACAUUUUAUAAUUCGAAGUUAACGCUGAUUUUUAUCUUGGUACCUACACAAAAAUUAUGUCAUCACCUUCUAACUGAAAAUACAGUUUCCAUAAACGAAACGGUAUAUGGUAUAUAAAACGGCUGCAGUGUAUAGUGUGUGUGAUAUGAAUAAAUUAUUUAUGGUCUUUGGAUAGUGAACAGCAGCACACGCUCCGCGUGAACGUAUUUCCACCGUGACGAUAGUUGUUAAGAAGCAGAAUUCUGAAUAUUGUAUUAAAAAAAUAAAAAUUAAAAAAAAUACCAAGAAUAACGCGGUCUAUGACUUGUAAUGUCGAGUCGCGUUCGUUUAACUUCACAUAUUAUAUCGUAUUUUACUACGAAUAUUUAACAAAUAUAUAGCUUUCCGAUUUCAAACGCGUAAAACGAAAAUGUGUUGCAGAUGCCGAAAAUGUUAUAGUGUAACAUUAUUUCAUUUAUUUUUUUCAUAAACCUUAUACUGAUUUUCUAACCCUCUACCUAACGGUUCACUCGGCCGACGAUAUAAUAAUAACAGCAGGCAAUGAUUUUCUCUGUGCUUUUCGAGUGACGAAUCCAAUAUAAUAUACGAGUCGUGUUAUUAUUACUUAUUUAUUACUAUUGCUAUUUUAGCAACGAGUCGUUGAGUCUAAAAUAAUACAUACGAAACCAAUCAAUACAUUAUCAUCUCGUAGAUCUUCUAUGUACAAUAAUGAUUUCGCACACAAUAGUUACGAAAAUACGUGACGUGUAAACCCACUAUUUUGUUAUGAUGUGAAGAAUGCCCAUCAUCGUGCUAUAGAGAGGCUGACGCCAGUCUGUGCUGCGGUGUCCGCUGUCGAUCCAAAUAGAUUUUAAUGACCAAUGCGAGUCAUAUAAUAUUAUUAUUUUCCAUUAUACUAGUCGAGGGAGGGUCGAGUACAAAUCACUCGACAUCAUCAUAUAAUAUAAUAACACGCGUUUAUAUUAUUUUAUUCAUAUUUUGUAUUAUUAUAUAUAUAUUUUUUUUUAUAGGCGGAACGUGACAGUUUGAUAGACACGCACCACGAACUAGAGAAACAGCUGGUGACUAGAGACUUGGAAUUGCACGAAAAAGAAGAGGAAUUGUUCUUACAAUUGGAAAAAGUAAUCAGACUGGAAGAGGACUGCGAGAAGUUGCGUAAUGAAAAAGAUAAAAUGGUCAAAUGGAAGGAUCGCCUGGAACGAGAAAAAAACGAGGCGUAUAGGCAGUUGAGGAUGCAAGCCGAAACGUCGGAAAUGACGCGGCGUAACUUGGAGAGAGCGCGGUUGGACGCAUAUAGACAGUUUUCUGAAAUUGCUGCCGAAAAAGACACACUUGAAAAAGAGGUAGGCGCCGGAGAACGGUGAAAUUUUAUUACGAUAAAAUCGGAGCGUUUUUAACACAUUUUUCUUGGGUUUUUGAUCAGAAUUCCAGAUUAAAAGAAGUGUUGGAGGAUCUCGGCAGGAAAGCCGAUUUGUACCACACCAACAGCAAACAAGCGAGUAAGAAGGCAAAACGUGUGUCUGGUUUGGAACGCGAAGUCAACGAACUCAAAAUGAUGGCCAAACAAUCGGCAACGUUAAACAGCCAACUGCAAAAAGGUAUGAAACACUUAGCCACGUGUAGGCGCAAAAAAUGUUCCGUGUGUUCGUACACGAGAGCCACGUUCGGAGAGUAUACAUCAAACAGACACGGGUAAGUCUAAAUAACAUUUUAAUUUAUAUAUGUAUAUAAGUAGGACAUUUUUUUAAGUGAGGAAAACUCCAAAAUUCACAAAAAAAAAGGUCUUAAAACAUCCAAUAUUACUGAUAUACUGCAGUGUUCGAACCAUAUUGCGAAAUUUUCUCCCGCAAUUUAAUAUCAUCAAUCCGGUUGUCUGGGAUUAAUACAUAAAAUAGUAAUAUUACGUCUGGAAGUUUUAAAUCGAAAGCCUAUUGUAUCAAUCCGGACUUAAAACAUUAAAAUCCCAACGUGGUUUUUCAUUAAGAAUCUAGGGAUAUUUUCGAUUUACUGUGCUGAGGUUUAUUAUCAUCCUAUCCAAAAUGAACAAAUUUAAGAUUGCCAAAAAUUACCAUACAAGUCGUCGGUAUGAAAUUCGUAAAUGUGUUGUUUUUUCUAAGAAAUAUUUGGUUAAUAAAAAUGCUCCGAAUUUGUUUUACAAUUUAAAAGAUGCGUAUUUUUCUUCCGGUGGAUAUUUAAUAGACAUUUUUAGAUUACCGAUGGUUUAUCUAUAAAAUAAAAAUAAAAAUUUGACGAGAAAUCUUGAUACAUUGGUUUUAUUUUUUUUUUUUUUCGAGAAGAGAAAACGAUUCGAGUAAGCGCCAUUUCAUUGUUUCGCGUUUUUUAAUUUUAUCUGUAUUUUUAAAUACAGAAUGCAGAUAAAGUGGCGUUUACUGGGUUUUAUUAAUAUACAGCCGAUAAAUAACACAGUUUUAUAACUUUAAACAACUUAACCCGUUUAACGAUUUUCGUUUAAAAUCUGUUUUUAAUUGCAAUCAUUUAUUGUUUGAUUUCAGUAUACAUGCGGUAUCCCACGAAGAUAUACCAUUGUAUAUAAAAUGGAUAUAUCUGCGUAGGAUUCCCAGUAUGUGAACAAAAUUAUCAUGUAUCCUAUACUUUCUAAAAUCCCCAGCAUCCAUCGUAAAAAAGUAUGUACUACUUUUUUUUUUAUAAUCUCGGACAACUGGAUGCAACCUUCCCAAAUACACGCACUUUUCGAUUGCGUACGUGUGUGUGUGUGUGUGUGUGUGUGUGUGUGUCUGUCUGUCUGUGUCGUGUCGUGUCGUACGAGUGUUGACAUUCUGUUUUUUUUUUCUAUUCGCUCUAGGGAAAAAACUUCGAGAUUCAUCGGAGGUUGUUUCCCGCUCGACGAGCUUCGCCGUUCAUCCGAUCGGAUGUCUACGUCGGACAUCGAACUGGAGUGCGCGAAACUCGCCGAACGCCUGUCGUCGUGCUCGUUCCCGCAUACACCGCCCACCACGCCGGAACGUUCCGUGGCCAGCGGUUCGUUGUCGCGGUUCGUGUCGUACAUCGACGACGCGUUCUCGUCGGCCAGCGAAGACGAGGACGUCUGUGUCGGCGACGGCGGUGUUUGUGGCGGCGUAAGCAGACCACCAACGGCCGGCAGUAGCGGUAGCCGCCGGCAGUUUUCGUCCGACUCUGGUAUCUCGUCGUCAUCGGCCACACCGACCGAUCCCAACAACAUGACGCCGGCCAGCAACGGCCAUCAUCACCGGGCCCCGUCCUCCGCGUCGUCAUUCAACCGCUCCGCCAGAUGGACGUCGUCUUUCAAGAAACUCAUCAGACGCGUGUCUUCCAAGAAACAGGACAACGAGUCCUAAUAAACGCGAGUUGUGUUCCGAUUUGGCUCUGUUGUCAUCCUCGUCGUUGUGUGUGAUGUUUUUUCUGCUUUUUUUUAUGUUAGCUAUGUAUAUUAUAGGUCAUAAUAUAUUAUGGUAUACUACUAUUUUUUAAUAAGUUAGGUAAAUCUCUUGUUCGCUAUUAUACUUAGGUAAGUAUACUUUUGUACGAUAGGAAUAUAUGUUCGAAAACGAUUUUCUUAUUAUUAUAUAUAUAUUUUUUUUUUCGCAAAAUUGUGCCGCCGUACUAGUAUUAUUAUGACGGUUUUUAUUCCACUCAGAGAUUGAGCUACUGUUUUUUAAUACACUGAAAAUAUUAUUUAUAUAAUAUAAUCCGAUAAAAUAGGUGCUGAAAACGUUUGACGAUGGCGAGAAAAUGUCUGUGUACUGUGGUUGUACGACAUUACCAUAUUAUUAUUUUUAUUCUCCUUCUUGUUACGUUUUUUUAAUUUUUAGCAAAGUAAUAUUACAGUAUUAAUAAUAAAUUUAUUUGAUCGUUAACAUAUUCAUUUUUAAAACUCAUCAUUCCUAUAUAAUAAAUAAUAUAAUGUUAUUCCUAUAAUAAUAUUUACUAAUGAAUUCUUCAGUUUUAAUAUUAUCAAUUUUAUGCUUGAUUGUUGUUUAAUAUUAUGUUGUUGUUGUUUUUUUUCUUCUAUCAAAGUUGCAUUUAUUGUAACAAUAUCAGAUGUGAAACGUUUGUGUACAUUUAAUGAUCGAAAACUAAAAUUAUGACAAACGUUUAUCGAAGAGACAUAAAAAAAAAUUAUUUAAUUAUAUUAUAUAAUCUUAUGUCCUACAUUGUAACUAUAAUAUUGUUUUAGUUAAUAUUAAUUAUAGAUUUUUUUUUUUUUAUAUAUAAUCAAUUAUGCUGUUUGCCUUAGGCUUAUACUUUCAAAAAUCAACAAUUUUAUUAUAAAAUAAGUACUACUAAAAAUAUAUCAUUGUAAUUAAUGUUUAGUUUUUUUUGUAUGUAAACUAAGUAUUGUUACAAACAUUCAAUAAUACCUACUGUAUUUGUUCAAGGUAUAAUAAAGUAC